AGCAAAACAACCAGCUUGCACGUCUUCUUCCGUUCUUUAGCGCGCCGCGCGCCCCUUUGGUCCAGAAAGCUUCUCGAACCUUCUCGAAACCCCAACCCUCCGCCCGCCUCGUCCUCUCCUUCCGCCAAAACCCUAGAUCUCUGAGCCCCACCCGACCACCUCCGCAUGGACCAUCCGUGGCGCUUCCCCGCCGGCGCCGACCUCUGCCCCGUCUGCUCCGCGCGCCACUUCCCCUUCUGCCCGCCUCCGCCCCUCCCGCCCCACCCCUUCCCGUACGAUCUCCACCCGCCGCCGCCUCCUCCCCCGCUGCAGUAUCAGCCCCCUUUCCACCCGCCGCCGCCGCCGCCGAUGUGGGGCCCUCCGGCUCCGGGGCCGCAACCCUACGAGCUCCCCGACAGGGAGGGGCCCCACAAGCGGAUGCGCGUCGGCGAGACGCCCCCGUUCGAUCCAUACGACGCCGCGCCUCCACCGCCACCGGCGCCGCCGGGAAGGGCUUCCGUGGAGGGCGAUCGGCUGCUCGGCUUGAUCCGGGAUCAUGGCCACCCUCGGCUGCCUGCAUCGCCGCCGACGCAGUGGCAUGGCGAGCCGUACCCACCUGACGGCUUCAGUUACGGAGGAGGUAGAGGUUAUCCUUCUCCAUACGCACAAGGGGCUGAUUUUGUGAAUUUCGACCACGCCGGAAGGUUUCCACCUCCAGUGCCGAUGCACGAUAGGCAUAAUGGCUUUAGUCGAGGUUUUGUGCCAGGAGGAGGGCCUCGCGAGAAUUAUUUUGACAGCGAUCACUAUUACCAUCAGUUCCACCGUGAGGCAUUGCCUGGUGCGCUGCCACUACCUCAAUAUGCUGAAGCAGGCAACCCCUAUGAUUCCCAUGCUUGGCAUCCUGAGGCGGGUGCUGUGCUGCCACCACCAGAGCCUCCAUUUCCUUCACACCCGGAUUAUCGUGCCAUGCCACCUCGGCCGACUGCAAAUUCGAUGUUGUUUCCUGUCCUUUCUGGUUCUCCAGCCACAGCAGCUCGUCCACCUAGUGCACAUACCUUGCAUCAAGCACACCCGAUGCCAAAUGUAAACUGUUAUGACGGACACAUCAACGAUGAGGGUUCAGGUUUGAUUUAUCGACCACAAUCAGAGCAGCACUUGAUAGAUGGAAGGCCGACCAGUACACACCAUUCUCUGGACAAUUCCAAAGUCACAAUCAUCAAUGCUUGCGAUUUGUUCAAGCAACCCCUUCGUUCUUCACGCCCUGACCAUAUAGUUAUCAUUCUCCGAGGGCUUCCAGGUAGUGGAAAGAGCUAUCUGGCAAAGGCAUUGCGUGAUCUUGAAGUUGAGAAUGGUGCAAAUGCACCUAGAAUCCACUCAAUGGAUGAUUAUUUCAUGAUUGAAGUUGAGAAGAAAGUUGAAGACAGUGAAGGAUCUAAAUCUUCUAGUGCAUCAAAAGGGAGGAGGCGGUUGACCAAGAAAGUGAUCGAAUACUGUUAUGAGCCGGAAAUGGAGGAGACUUACAGGUCAAGCAUGUUAAAGGCAUUCAAGAAGACCCUCGAUGAAGGAAAUUUUACAUUUGUGAUUGUGGAUGACCGCAAUCUGCGGGUAGCUGAUUUUGCUCAAUUUUGGGCAACUGCGAAGAAAUCAGGCUAUGAGGUGUACUUGCUGGAGGCACCAUACAAGGAUCCAACGGGCUGUGCUGCGAGGAAUGUGCAUGGACUUACAUUGGAUGAUAUAAAAAAGAUGGCAGCAGACUGGGAGGAGGCUCCACCACUAUAUCUGCAGCUAGAUAUACAUUCAUUGUUUCAUGAUGACAAUUUCUGUGGCCAUUCUAUACAAGAGGUAGAUAUGGAUACAGACGAUGUUGAUGAUGCUAAUGACACAACAACUAGCCUCACUGCUGAAAACUCACAGAAGGCUAUACAGGAGCCACAACAUAAUGAAUCAUAUGAAGUUUGUGCAGGAUCCUCAAAGCCAGGGGAUAAGUGGAACUCAGAAGAUCUGGAUGGCUUCAAAGAGCUAGUGAAGAGUAAAUGGUCAAAAGAUUUUGAGGAGGACACUGUGAAGCCUGAAAAUGCAGAGGGAAAUACACAUGCUCUUUUUGGCCUGGCUCAGACAUAUGGCACUCGUCGCAAAUGUGUCAGUUGGGGUGAUCGGCUUGAAAAGGGUGGGUUUUCCAUUGCUGCAACUAAAAGAAAACUCACUUCGUCGUUAAUCAUAGGGCCUGGAUCAGGGUAUAAUUUGGUCUCCAACCCCUUGGCUGAAGGUAAUUCCACAGGGAUGAAAGGGAAGACCAACAACGAGACCAAGAAAAGGUUCAGUGAGCAACUUCGUGAUGAAGGUGAAUCCUUCAGAGCAGCUUUUGACAAGAGAAAGCAGCGCAUUGGAGUUUUCGAGAAUGGAGGCAAUGAGUAAUCCUUGACAGAGAAGCCUCUCAUGGUUGUCCUUCAGUUUUCCGGAUGCCUAAGGUAUGGCUUGGAGGAGACUAACUGCAGACAGCUCGGAGUUACUGCCUAGUCGCCUCUUGUCCUCCAGCACAAUUUCGCGCUGUUCAGUGAUCUGCAGAAUUCAAUUCUGCCUCCCAGUUGCAUGUUCGAGGAAAAUCAUCAGUUUGAAUGCGCCAUCUUCUAUGACCCUUUCAGCCCACAGGAAGUGAAGGCAAUGCGGAGUUGUUGCUCGGGUCGCUUUCUUUUAUUUGUAAGGUGUUGACCAUGUGAAUUUUUCCCCCAUCAUUCGAGGGAAGCCCCCAUAAGCCAUAGGAUGUACCCACUUUCUCGGUCACACUGAAUAGUGGCCAAUAAUUUUGAUUCGAUGUAAUAGUUUUUGCAUGUAUCAGUCAUGUUGUUAUCAUGAGAAUUAGCGAUCCAAAUUCCGAAGGUAACCUCUUUGCAA